CUAACCUAAUAUCCUAUGCUACUAAGGAGACUAGAGCUUCCCUAUUCCUCACUUGUACUUCCAGUGUUCGUUCAAUAUCUACCACUACGUGAAGACUUCGAGGAAAACAUGGCCGUUUUCCGUAGCUUGGAUGUGAUAUAUCGACAAGGAAACGAUAACCUCAUACCGCUGUUGGGUCGCGUUCUAGUUGUAGGAUUACAUGUUUUGUACAAGAAGCAACACAACAAUGAUGAGUGUCGCGAUCUAAUCUUCAACUUCGUGAAACAAAUCAGUAAGGACUUUCCGGAACGUUUCGCCGAGGUGGUAGGUAGCGAUGCCGAGAUUGCCAACUUCGUCCAGACGCUUCCGCUUCAGUAGAAGUCGGCCCGGGUGCAUUUAAUGCGCAAACUGUUCGUAUCGUAUAUCGAUCCCUAUCUGCAAACAUGCGUGCGUCGUGUCGAGAAGCAAAGCGAUCAGAAUAAAUCGCUCAACGGCGCCACAACACGACUUGUAUUCGAGGAUCACAACUGAAUGAGCGAUAGAAAUAGAUGUUCCAUUGUAAGGGCCAAAACGGGUAAACUGAUAUAGGGGGAAAGCCGGACUCUCAUUUCUCGGCAGAUAUAUUUUACUCAACUCUAGAUAGGUUUCUAGAUCUUCGCAACAGAAACGGAAUAU